AACACUGAUUGUUCUUUCAGAAAAAAAAGAAAAAGUGUGACGAGCGAGUGAAUUUAUUCUAACAAAAUCUCUCAAAUUAAUUGGAUAAAAUGUCGACACUCGCUGCUCCUUUAUCCGUUGCAGGAACACGAUAUUCUGGAGCCCCAGUCAGAUCACAGAAUGUAAGUGCAGCAGCAACAAUAGCCAACAUUGUGAAGAGCUCACUGGGUCCUGUCGGCUUGGACAAGAUGCUGGUGGAUGACAUUGGUGAUGUCACAGUCACAAAUGAUGGAGCCACCAUCCUGAAAAUGCUAGAGGUUGAGCACCCGGCUGCAAAGGUGUUAGUGGAACUAGCUCAGCUGCAGGACGAGGAGGUUGGAGACGGCACCACGUCUGUGGUCAUCAUUGCUGCAGAGUUGUUAAAGAAUGCAGAUGAACUUGUCAAAAACAAGAUCCACCCGACCAGCGUCAUUUCUGGCUACCGGCUGGCCUGCAAGGAAGCUGUCAAAUAUAUUCAAGACAAUUUGACAGUUACCGUGGAGUCACUGGGAAAGGCUUCAAUCGUCCAUGCUGCCAAGACCACUAUGUCUUCCAAACUUAUUGGGGCUGAUGCAGACUUCUUCUCAGAAAUGGUAGUAGAUGCGGCUCAAGCUAUCAAGACCAAUGACUCAAAGGGCAAUGCAGUGUACCCCAUCAAAGCAGUCAACAUCCUCAAGGCGCACGGACGAAGCGCCCGCGAGAGUGUGCUAGUCAAAGGCUACGCAUUGAACUGUACGGUAGCUUCCCAGGCCAUGCCUCGCAAGAUUGUGAAUGCAAAGAUCGCCUGCCUCGAUUUCUCGCUGCAGAAGACUAAAAUGAAGAUGGGUGUGCAGGUCCUCGUGUCAGAUCCAGAAAAGCUCGAAGCGAUCCGCGCCCGCGAGCUCGACAUCACCAAAGAGAGACUACACAAGAUCCUCUCCACCGGCGUCAACGUGAUCUUAUGUUCCGGAGGCAUCGACGACCUGUGUCUCAAGUACUUCGUAGAGGCCGGCGCGAUGGGCGUGCGGCGCUGCAAGAAGGCGGACCUGAAGAGGAUCGCCAAAGCUACAGGGGCGACCUACCUCACAUCUCUUACUAAUAUGGAGGGUGAGGAAGUAUUUGAAGCGAGCAUGAUUGGCGAGGCCGCGGAAGUGGUGCAGGAACAAAUCUGUGAUGACCAACUCAUAUUGAUCAAGGGGCCCGCAGCGAGAACAGCCGCCUCCAUCAUCCUCCGCGGCCCCACGGACGCGUACUGCGACGAGAUGGAGCGGUCCGCGCACGACGCGCUGUGUGCCGUGCGCCGCGUGCUGGAGUCCGGGCGGCUGGUGCCGGGCGGCGGCGCGGUGGAGGCCGCGCUGUCCAUAUACCUGGACAACUUCGCUACCACCUUGAGUUCCCGCGAGCAGCUAGCGAUCGCGGCAUUCGCUCAGUCUCUGCUAGUAAUCCCCAAGACACUGGCGGUGAACGCCGCGCGGGACGCCACGGACCUGGUGGCCAAGUUGCGGGCUUACCACAACUCCUCGCAGACUAAGGUGGAACACGCGAACCUCAAAUGGGUAGGCCUGGACCUCAACGAAGGCACCCUACGCGACAACCUGGCCGCGGGCGUGCUCGAGCCCGCCAUUUCCAAGAUCAAGUCGCUCAAGUUCGCGACCGAAGCGGCCAUCACCAUCCUGCGCAUAGACGACAUGAUCAAACUCGACCCGGAACAGAAGGGAGGGAAGAGCUACGAGGACGCGUGCAACGCCGGGGAACUCGACUAGUGUUAUACUUAGUGUACAUUUCAUAUUACGUUUUAAUGUCAAUGCUUUAAUAAAGUAUUGAAAGGUA